AUGACGAGGAGUAGCAGUCCUGCGAUAAGUACAGACCAUCACGAUCACAACCUUUCCUUAUCACACCGACUACCAACAUGUACACACUCGCCGUUUUUGUGACAGUUCUUGGAGCUGUCUAUGGACAGUCACAUCUAUGUGACAGGAUCUGUAACUCCCAGUAUAGUCCAGUAUGUGGUACUGACCGUCACACAUACAGUAACAUGUGUAAACUACAAAUUGCUGAGUGUUACGCUCGCCUUAAAGGUCAGCACAUGACCUUGGCCCAUACCGGAAGUUGCCGCUCCACCUCGACUCAGCCUCACUCUACCCAUUGUGACACAAUCUGUGAUGACGAAAGUGGUGAUAGCGCCGUGUGCGGCAGUGACGGUAUCACAUACGGUAAUAUCAUGUUUUUAACAUGGCAUAAAGGAUAUCUAUCAUUUAACAGAGACAUUGAUUUGGUAACAUUUAUGGAACCUGUUUAGACGUUAUACAGUUGA